AUGAGAUUGAUACACGCAUCAGGAUUUAAUUCAAGUGAAAGAGAAACCUAUCGAUCAAUUGUAUUUGUAAAUAUUAUGCAAUCAAUGAGAUUAGUACUUGAAGCAAUGGAAUUUUUUAAAAUACCGUUGGAUGAUAGACAACCAUUUCCAAUUUUAUAUUUGGAACCAUUGAAAAAAUUAUGGACGGAUAGUGGAGUUCAACAAUGUUAUGAACGUGAUAGAUUAUUUUCACAAAACUAUGUUCCAUCAGAUCAAGAUAUUUUACAUACACGAAUGAAAACCACUGGUAUUGUUGAAACGAUAUUUCAUUUAGGUCAACAUACCUAUCGAAUGUUUGAUGUAGGUGGUCAAAGAUCAGAACGUAAAAAAUGGAUUCAUUGUUUUGAAGAUGUGACAGCUGUAUUAUUCUUAGUUGCUAUAAGUGGAUAUGAUCAAUGUCUGGUAGAAGAUAGAGAUGCUAAUCAAAUGCAAGAAGCAUUAAUGUUAUUUGAUUCGAUAUGUAAUUCACAAUGGUUUGUAAAUACCUCAAUGAUCUUAUUCUUAAAUAAGAUUGAUAUUUUUCGAGAAAAGAUUAAAGUAUCAUCUAUACGAAAAUAUUUUCCCGAUUAUUCCGAAAUAUAUUCACAUUUUACUGAUGCUACUGAUACAAAUCUAUUAAGGCAUAUAAUGGGUAGCGUUACAGAUAUUAUAUUAACUCAUAAUCUAAAAGAAUUAGUACUAUAA